CACACUGCUCUUUCUGAGCGCUGGCAUUUUAGCAGACAUACUAACAGAUAGGUAAACAGACAGAUAGACGAUAAGAAAAAGAGAGGGGGGGAGAGAGAGAGAGAGAGAGAGAGAGAGAGAGAGAGACACACCCGGUGUGUCGCAGUGGAAGCGUCGACUCGUUCCUCUGCCGUCUCAGAAAGCAUUAAUCAAGGGAUCACACAUUUUCUCUUGCUGUUACAGCAGAGGCUGCGGCUGUUAGCCAGGAGGAACUAAAACUGAGUCAUGCUAAGAGCACAAGGGGUUAAGAGGUGUGUGUGCCUCAUACUCCUCUUCCCGUGAAUGCCUCUCACCAUGGCUAAGAGGGAGACGGGCAGCACCAGCCCUGUGGUGCGACAGAUAGACAAGCAGUUCCUGGUCUGCAGCAUUUGUCUGGAGCACUACCACAACCCGAAGGUCCUGCCCUGUCUGCACACCUUCUGCGAGAGAUGUCUCCAGAACUACAUCCCACCUCAGUCCCUCACGCUGUCCUGCCCGGUGUGCAGGCAGACCUCCAUCCUGCCCGAGAAAGGUGUAGCAGCGCUGCAGAACAACUUCUUCAUCACUAACCUGAUGGAGGUGCUACAGAGAGAGGCCGAGUGCUCGCAGCCCGAGGAGCGCAGCGUUCUGGAGUCAGCCAGCGCCGCCAACUCGGCCCAGCCGCUGUCCUGCCCCAACCAUGAAGGCAAGGUGAUGGAGUUUUACUGCGAGUCGUGCGAGACAGCCAUGUGUCUCGAGUGCACGGAGGGAGAACACCGCGAGCAUGUGACCGUUCCUCUGCGGGAUGUUCUCGAGCAACACAAAGCAGCGCUCAAGAACCAGCUGGACGCUAUUCGAAACAGGCUUCCUCAGCUGACGGCAGCCAUCGAUGUGGUGAACGAAAUCUCCAGGCAGCUGUGUGAGAGGAAGAGCGAGGCCAUAACCGAGAUCAGCAACACGUUCGAGGAGCUGGAGAAAGCGCUGCACCAACGCAAGAACGCCCUCAUCACUGACCUGGAGAACAUCUGCAGCACCAAGCAGAAGGUGCUCCAGGCUCAGCUAGCUGCUCUCCUGCAGGGGAAGGAGAAUAUCGAGAGCAGCUGUAGUUUCACCGAGCAGGCUCUGAACCAUGGCAGUGCCACCGAGGUGCUGCUGGUGCAGAAGCAGAUGGGAGAGAGAGUGGCAGCGCUGGCGCGCCAUGCUUUCCCCGAGCAGCCACACGAGAACGGGCACCUGGAGUGCCAGGUGGAGACCGAGGGCCUCCGUCGCUCCAUCCAGAAUCUGGGGGUUCUGAUCACUACUAGUGCUGUGGGUCACACCAGCGUGGCUACCGGAGAGGGACUACGGCACGCCGUGGUGGGGCAACACACCACCGUUACUGUUACCACUAAGGACAAGGCUGGGGAGUUGGUGAAGACGGGCAGCGCAGCUCUCGUUGCACAGAUCACCGGACCCGAUGGCUCCGUCACUGACGCCGAGGUGACGGACAACAAGAACGGGACCUACGACGUGGGGUACACACUGUCCAGUGAGGGUGAGUUCUCCUUCUCCCUGCUGCUGUACGGCCAGGCUGUGAGGGGAAGCCCCUUCCGCUUGCGUGCCGUCAAAGCCAGCGACGCGCCGCACUCACCCGAAGAUGUAAAGAGACGUGUGAAAUCCCCUGCGGGGGGAGGAGGGGGGGCUCACGUCCGCCAGAAAGCACUGCGGCGUCCUGCCAGCAUGUACAGUAACACCAAGAAGAAGGAGAACCCCAUCGAGGACGAGCUCAUCUUCAGAGUAGGGUCGAGAGGGCGUGAGCGAGGAGAGUUCUCCAACCUCCAGGGCAUCUCCACAUCCACCAAUGGGCGUAUAGUGGUGGCUGACAGCAACAACCAGUGCAUACAGGUCUUCUCUAAUGACGGUCAGUUCAAACUACGCUUUGGGGUCAGAGGUCGUUCGCCAGGGCAGCUGCAGCGUCCCACUGGUGUGACAGUUGACAUGAAUGGGGACAUCAUCGUAGCAGACUAUGACAACAGAUGGAUCACAAUCUUCUCUUCUGAUGGAAAGUUUAAAAGUAAAAUUGGAGCCGGAAAGCUGAUGGGACCCAAAGGAGUAGCCGUGGACAAAAACGGUCAUAUCAUAGCUGCAGACAACAAAGCCUGCUGCGUCUUCAUCUUUCAGUCCAACGGCAAACUGGUGACCAAGUUUGGAGCCAAAGGGACAUUAGACAGGCAGUUUUCAGAUAAAAUUACUCCAACUACCCCAACAGAGCCAAAGCUCAGUAAAUCAGGCCCUGCCUUCAGUCCCCAUUUUGUGGCCGUGAACAACAAGAACGAAAUAAUAGUGACAGACUUCCAUAAUCACUCCGUUAAGGUGUAUAACGCAGACGGCGAGUUCCUGUUCAAGUUCGGCUCUCAUGGAGAAGGUAACGGUCAGUUUAACGCUCCGACUGGAGUGGCAGUGGAUGGGAAUGGAAACAUCAUUGUUGCAGACUGGGGGAACAGCAGGAUCCAGGUGUUUGACAGCUCGGGCUCGUUCCUGUCGUACAUCAACACGUCAGCAGACCCGCUGUACGGUCCUCAGGGUCUGGCUCUCACCUCCGAAGGACACGUGGCCGUGGCGGACUCGGGGAACCACUGCUUCAAAGUCUACCGCUACCUGCAGUAGAAAAUCCCCUCAAGGGUGAUCCAGCAAAAGUAUUGUACACAUGUAACACACGUUACAUGUACACACGUUUGGUCUUUUUCUUUUUUUUAUUUUGCACACCACAAAAUUGCCCCUGCCACUGAAACCACCUCGAUUCAAAAUCUAAUUGAAGUUCAAGCAGGGUCUGACGUUUUAUCCCUCCUCGCUAUUGCACUGAUUCGAACCGAUUUAUGAAUUAUGAAUUAAAUCCGAAAGACGCCGUCGCCAACAUACGAGAGUAAUAACAAUCGCAGCACUCCGAGCAGCGUUCGCGAAGGCAGCUACUCUUCAGCUUUUACACUUUAUCAACAUGUUGGUUCACGACGAUGUCGCCACUUAAUUCCGACCUUUUCAGGGGCACGAAAUUUCCUUUAAUUAUCGACAAGCCGUCUGAAAAGCGUACUGUGAAAACAAGCCAUUUUCUAUCAGACUUAACUCUCUGUGCAUUGACUCCUCGCCUCCGUUAAUGCGUUUGUAUCAUAUCGUGUGCGUUCAUUGCUUUUCGCAAAGCCACAGUGCUUCAAUUACGAUAAAGCUUCAGAUGCCAGCGUUUCGGCUCUUAAUGUACAGGUAGAGGACACGCAGCUUUGUAGUUCUUAUAACGUUCAUCUGCCUUAAAAGUUCUCGGCGUUUAUCUGACAAGGGUGUCGGCCAUGUAACCCAGCACAACUCUAGACGUAGUGAAGGAUGAUUUUCUUUUCUUUUUUUAAUUUAUUUUAUUUUUGUAUACAGUGUUAUUAUUAUUAUUAUUUUAUUUUUUUUUAUCAUUUCUGUAAUGCUUAUCUGCAAAUGCCUUGACAUACAGUAGAUGCUACUGCAUGAACCGCUUCAGGCUAGGAAGCAAACAUAUUGCCAAACAUGAAUGGUGCACAUCUUUCAGACUAAAAAAGAAACAAAAGUCAGUUUGUGCCAAGAGUACAAGACUAUUAGAGUUGUUCAUAGUUUUGCUUCUAAAGUUUUAGAAUCAACAGAAUCCAUCAUUCCCACAUCGGAAGAUCUCAGUUUGAAACAUUUAAUUCCCACAGUUUCAGAAGAAGCUGAAAAGGAAAAUGCAUUAUUUUAUUUAUUUAUUUUUUUGGUCCAGGGUUAUGGGAUUGAUUUUGUGCCAAAAGUAACACCAUUACAAAAUCCACAUGCAAAAUACUAUCCUCACAAUGGAAACAAAUACCAAUGAUAAACAAAUAAUAAAACAAACCUAUCGAAAUAAAUACAUAAAUAAAUAAAUAUUCCCCCGUUCCCAUGUUUUAUUCCUCAGAAAAGAAUCAGACUUGUGCUUUUUUGUGAUUUCUCUUAAAAGCUUUAGCCUAUUACAAGACUGUGCUUUUCGUUUAUUUUGCUUUAUUGUCCAGUGAAUAAUAGCCAAUAAUUGUAUUUUAUUUUAUUUUAGCAAUAAAAACCCUAGGCAGUGGGGAUGAAGUAAAAGGUUUGAAUACGUCUGGCUUUAAGUUAUAACCGCUAUAAAUCGUUCCUUUCAUUUUCUCUCGGGUUUUUCUCUCUUUUGAACAGCUGAGAAAGCACAAAGGCUUUCCGGUAGAUUAAAACUUAUUACCGAUUGCUGCAAAGUGCUUUUUUAAUCCCCUUUAUUAUAAAAGUAUGUACGUUGUCCACUAUAUUCCAAAUUACAAUAACGGUUACUAUAGAAACGAUAUAACAAGAUAGGGCUACACACCAAUUUUUACCAUCAAGAGAAAAUCCACCACAGUGUCCAGCAUGUAAAACCCUUCUGUCCAUCAAACAUAUUCUAUUCGAUUGUAAUAAUUUCACCCUUGGAAGGAAAUUGUUUUAUUCUGUUGACACUUUUGAAAAAGUUUUUAAAGAAGUAAACCCAAUUUCAGCUUUAAAGUCCUUAAAAAAAAUGAAUCUUAAACAUCUUAUAUAGUUUUAAUAUUGAAAAAUAAAAAACUGACUCUCGCCAUUAAUAUAGCCAUAGAAGCUGGCAUGGUGGAAAGAAAGAAUAAAAAGAUAGGAUCUCCGUGUCACGUGGAGGCGAUGAAGGUGGAUGCGAGUGCAGAAUUCGCUUUAUUAAUAGUACAAAUUUAACAAGAUUGAGAAACAGAACCUAUGGCAAAACUAAGCAAAGCAAACACUAUAGUCGGGAAUACACAAGGCUAGACACAACAAACACACUGACAGCAAACAGAAGCUUUAAACAAGACAUGCUGAAACACAGGGGCUUUAAUCAGGUAGCUAAUCACAACACAAACAGGUGAACAGGGGGAAUUAAAACCGACCGUUCAACUAAAAUGUGCAGGGCUGCCCCCUGGUGGUCCUGCAGGGAAAUGCAUGAGGUAUCCAUGAUGCACAGCCUGUAAUUUGCUUUUCUGGCAAACGUGAUUAUAAAUAAAGCCGAGCAUAAAAUUCUAGAAGCUGAAAGACAUCCUUAAUAAGAGCAUGGAGGUAUUAUUAUUAUUUAUAAAUAAUAAUUGUGAUAUUGUGUAAUUCUGUACUUUUGGCACAUAAAUAAUUACAUCCAUGAACAAGACGAUGAGGUUUUUUUUUUUUUUUUUUUUGAAACUUCUUUAUUUGUGAUAUGUUAUACUGCAGUGUUCAGUUUCAGCUCUAUUGCAUCGAACUGUUCCUGUGCUGUGUAUUAAACAUUAAAACCAUUCCUCAGAUAUAUCCUACUCCCAGUCCUACCGGUUAAUGCUACACCUUUGACAUUUCCACAUCAGUCAUAACAGAGUGGUUACAGAAUUAUUCAAAUAAUCAAUCACAAUCACAGAGCCAAACAUCAUUAUGCCAAACACCGAAGCACAAUGAUUGUUAGGUUAUAACAUUUCAUUCCUGUUCAUUCCAGCAGCUGUAGUCUCAUGAUUACCUUUUUAAGAGAA